GUGGGGGGCGGGGGCGGGACGCGGAGACCCGGAAGUGGUGUCAGAGCUGUAAACAGGCACAUGGAGGGGCCCUUAAAGGUCCCCUCCGAGCAGGAGGGGGGUCCCGCGGCGGCCCCAGGACGGUGCCCGGGGACUGGUGUGCCCUGACGCUGGCACCGAUGGCCGACGGCGGGGCCGAGCCCCAGGAUGAGGAUGAGCACCGGGGGGGCCAGGACCCCGCAGCCCCGCAGCCCCCGGCGCCCAGCCCUGGCCACGGCAGGACCCUCCUGCUCACUGAGGACAUCACAGCCAGGAAGAGACCCCGGCUGUGCCCAGGCGCCCGGACCAGCCCCAGCCAGCCCCGGGAACCCGAGAGCCCCUGGGAGCCGGGGGGUGCCGGCGGGGUCUGGGGGCCGCGGGCGGGCAGGGUGACGGGGCUGUACGCCCAGCUGCUGCGGGAGCUGGAGGCGGAGGUCGGGGAGCUGCAGCGGGCGCUGGCAGCCCGGGAUGAGGCCGUCCUACGCCGUGACCACCGUAUCCGGCAGCUGGAGCUGGAGAACCAGCAGCUCCGGAGCCACGUCCGCAGCCUGGAGGAGGAGAACGACCUGCUGUCCUCCUCUGGGGGUGGCCGUGGGGGACCCCUGGCCACCGCUGCCACCGCUGCCACCGCUGCCAGCAGGACCCUGCUGGCCUCGGGCACCGGCUGCAUCGGUGUCAGUGACAGCAACAUCGAGUUCCUGAAGGGGCUCGUGGGGCUGCUGGAGAGCAAUGCCACCGUGCAGGCUGGGGGACUCCAGCCUUUCUCCGCUCCCAGCCCUGGGGAGCAGGUCUGCGCCCCGGCCGACGUCCCGCGGAGCCCCGCAGCGUGGCAGCUGCAGGCAGGGCUGCCCGGCAGCUUCCCCCCCUGUCUGGGCACCGAGGAAGGGGCUGGCAGCCCGGCCGCGCUCACCGACACUGCCUGCCUCUGGGAGGAGAGCAGGGGGGACAUGCUGCCCGACGGCACCCCGCUGUGGGCCUCACCCAUCGAGGAAAAUGGGAGGCCCAAACUGGAGCUGGUCCCCAAUUCGGGGGUCUACAUCACCCACCCGCAGCUGGACGACCUCUCGCAGGUCUCCACCGACAAGCCCAAGCUCAUGACCCGGCGGUUGCUCGAUUACUUCUUCUCGCGGGAGACGCUGGCCCGGUCCUCGGCCACGGGACAGCGCAUCGCCCACAACAACACCACGAUGGAGCGGCCCCUCCGCCUGCCCGUGGCCGUGGUCAACGCCAUCAAAGAGUACGUCACCAAGAUGUGCGGCCGCGGCUGCAACUUCAACGCCGUCAUCAAUAGCAAGUGCGGCACGUCCCGGCGAGCCGUCAAGAAGAUGGUCGUGAAGAUGGAGUGAGCUGAGACCCACGGGACGGCCACAGCCCUCCGGCCACGUCGGGGGACGAGCCCAGAGUCCUCUGGUGCCGCAGAUGAGGAGAGGGGACGUGGAGGGACGUGCCGGGGACGGUGGGAUCGCGCCCUCGCGCUUACGGAGGGGCGGCAGCUGGAGGAUUCACCCUGCAGAGACUGGCUGGCUCAGCCCCGUGCCCCCACAGCGGCAGGGCCCGCACCACGCGUCCUGCUCCCUCCGGCAGCGGGGAGCGGGUGCUGGCAGGGGCCGGUCGGAGCAGGGAGAUGCCAGUGCCGCGCGUCUCACCGGCCGGUGCCGGGGUCAGCGUCGUGGUGCCGGGGUCCCCCAGCGCAGCGGGCAGAGCCGGCGGCUGCAACCAUCCCGAGCGGCAGAGCUGCCCCGCACGCAGCAGCGGCUCCACGCGUCCGGCCGCAACCCAGGGCUGUUUUUCUGUAAGUUCGUUCGUUUCCAGCGAUAUGUGGGAUUCCUGUAAAUAAACCCCACUUUCUCUCCACCCAAGAAGGCCGGCCGCUCGCCCUCCCUGCAGCCACGCUGAGCAUUUCGCCUUCGGCUCUUCGCCGCCGGGGUUGGCU